UCAAAUGUCCAUAGUAAAGCAUGGGAUCGUAGAAUUAUUAAAAAUAGAAUAUUAGAUAUAAGAACUAGUAGACUAUUCAAACAAAAAAUAGACACACAGUUCAGUCAAAGCUAUUCAGAUGUAAAAGAAAGAAUAUCAGAAACAUUCGAAGAAAAUGAUUAUAGAUUUGCACAAGGAUUAAACGAAUUAGAGCCUGAACAAAAUUUUGGAAAAAAUUGUGAUACGUUAAUGAGGGAAGGCAGUUUUGAAAAAUCAUGCGAUGAGUUUAAUUAUGAUGAUAAUUUAAAAAAAACAACGAGCCAUUUCAAAUUUAGUGAAAUAACAUAUGGUGAUGAUUUUUGCGACCAACUUGGUCCAUUAAACAAUGACGACUAUUUUAACAUAUCAACGCGUUUGUUAAAAUUUAAUGGGAGUUAUGAAGAACUUUUUGACGUAGAAGAAUAUGCCACCGUAUGUAAAAUAGAAAAUAAGCGUAAAAAACGAAGACAUCCUAAAAGGAUAAAAUACAAAUGUAAAGUAAGAGAACAAGAGGAUUUUUGGAUAUUUCAAUUUUUAAAAGAAGUAGAUUUAAAUUUUGAAUUAGAUAUGCUGCGUUUUUUAAAAGGAAACUCUUCUGUCAAUUAUUAUGCAGUUAAGCAUAAAAGCAAAUUUAGAAAAUUAUUAUAUUUUAUAAAUAGAUAUAAGGUAUUUGUACCACUUCUUAUAAAUUUUGUAAUCGCAGUUAUGUUAAUAGUAGCUAGUGCAGGGACACCUGGUGUUAGA